GCCUGGUUUACAGCCAGCAGCAGCAGUCCAGGAGCAGGAAAGCUGAGCAAGAAAGUGAAGGCUAGCUCCCGCUGUCAGUUUUAUUGUCUCUUCUUCUAUCUUCCCUUCCUGUUCAGAGCCAAGUAAAGGGGGGGGGAACCUUUCGUCUUUGGGCCGCUCUGCAAGAUUAAUUUCCUUUACAAGAAAUAGUACCAUCCCCAUUGUUACAAUCAUCUUGAGAAGAUCCUUGAUAAGUUACAGUAACCAUCUACAGCGGUGAAAAAGGACCUGAUCUCUAAGCAAGAUGACCACUCAGAUCAAUUCCAACCUACACUACAGCUACGAAUAUGAAGAGGAUGAAUACAUGAACCAAGAGGACGAAUGGGACAGGGACCUGCUCCUGGAUCCGGCAUGGGAGAAGCAGCAAAGGAAGACAUUUACAGCUUGGUGCAAUUCCCAUCUGCGGAAAGCUGGAACCCAGAUUGAGAACAUUGAAGACGAUUUCAGAAAUGGACUGAAACUGAUGCUACUCUUGGAAGUCAUUUCAGGAGAAAGACUUCCGAAACCAGAUAGAGGAAAGAUGCGCUUCCAUAAAAUUGCAAAUGUCAACAAAGCUCUGGAUUUUAUAGCAAGCAAAGGUGUCAAACUUGUCUCAAUUGGUGCAGAAGAAAUUGUGGAUGGCAAUGUGAAAAUGACUCUGGGUAUGAUUUGGACUAUCAUUCUCCGUUUUGCUAUUCAAGACAUCUCAGUGGAAGAGACAUCUGCCAAAGAAGGACUGCUGUUGUGGUGUCAAAGAAAAACGGCACCUUACCGAAAUGUGAACAUUCAAAAUUUCCAUCUUAGCUGGAAAGAUGGCCUUGGUCUCUGUGCACUGAUUCAUAGACAUCGACCAGAUCUUAUUGACUACUCCAAGCUUUCAAAGGACGACCCCCUGGGGAAUAUAAACCUGGCCAUGGAGGUUGCUGAAAAACACCUGGAUAUCCCAAAGAUGUUGGAUGCAGAAGACAUUGUGAAUACCCCCAAGCCUGAUGAAAGAGCAAUCAUGACUUAUGUUUCUUGCUUCUACCAUGCUUUUGCUGGAGCUGAGCAGGCAGAAACAGCAGCUAAUCGGAUUUGUAAAGUACUUGCUGUGAACCAAGAAAAUGAAAAGUUGAUGGAAGAAUAUGAAAAGCUAGCAAGUGAGCUUUUAGAAUGGAUUCGGCGUACCACCCCUUGGCUGGAAAACAGGACCCCAGAGAAGACAAUGGUAGCUAUGCAAAAGAAGUUAGAGGACUUCAGAGAUUAUCGCCGAAAGCACAAGCCUCCCAAGGUCCAGGAAAAAUGCCAGUUGGAGAUCAAUUUCAACACUUUGCAGACGAAACUAAGGAUCAGCAACAGGCCAGCUUUCAUGCCAUCAGAAGGGAAGAUGGUUUCAGAUAUUGCCAGUGCUUGGCAAAGACUUGAACAAGCGGAGAAGGGCUAUGAGGAAUGGCUGUUGAAUGAAAUACGAAGGCUUGAACGUCUUGAACAUCUGGCUGCUAAGUUUAGGCAAAAGGCCACAUCGCAUGAAACCUGGUCGUAUGGCAAAGAGCAGAUUCUGCAGCAGAAGGAUUAUGAAGCUGCUUCCCUGAUAGAGAUCCGGGCUUUGUUGAGGAAACAUGAAGCUUUUGAGAGCGACUUGGCUGCUCACCAGGACAGGGUGGAACAGAUCGCUGCCAUUGCCCAGGAGCUGAAUGAGCUAGACUAUCAUGAUGCAGCAAGUGUCAAUGAUCGAUGUCAGAAAAUAUGUGAUCAGUGGGAUAGAUUGGGAACCCUUACCCAGAAAAGGAGAGAAGUAUUGGAGAGGACAGAGAAACUGUUGGAAACAAUUGAUCAACUUCACUUGGAAUUUGCCAAGAGAGCUGCUCCGUUCAACAACUGGAUGGAAGGUGCAAUGGAAGACUUGCAAGAUAUGUUCAUUGUUCACAGUAUAGAGGAGAUCCAGAGUUUAAUUACUGCCCAUGAACAAUUUAAAGCCACCCUACCUGAAGCAGAUGGUGAGAGGCAAUCUAUUUUGUCCAUCCAUAAUGAAGUGGAGAAGGUGAUUCAGAGCUACAGUCUCAGAAUAAGUGCCAGCAAUCCUUACAGCACAGUCACCAUGGAAGAGAUUCGUACUAAGUGGGAUAAAGUCAAACAACUUGUGCCUGUAAGAGAUCAAUCACUGCAGGAGGAGCUUUCCCGUCAGCACACCAAUGAACGCCUGCGCCGUCAAUUUGCUGCUCAGGCCAACGUCAUUGGACCCUGGAUCCAGAGCAAGAUGGAGGAAAUUGGCCGAACCUCGGUAGAUAUCACGGGGCCAUUAGAGGAUCAGAUGACCCAGUUAAAGCAGCAGGAGCACAAUAUCAUUAAUUACAAGCACAAUAUUGACAAACUAGAAGGAGACCAUCAACUGAUACAGGAAGCGUUGGUCUUUGAUAAUAAGCAUACCAAUUAUACCAUGGAGCAUAUCCGGGUUGGAUGGGAACUGCUGCUGACUACCAUUGCCCGAACUAUCAAUGAAGUUGAGAACCAGAUCCUUACAAGAGAUGCUAAAGGAAUAACUCAGCAGCAAAUGAAUGAAUUCAGAGCAUCAUUUAAUCACUUUGACAGGAAGAAAAAUGGGCUGAUGGACCAUGAAGAUUUCAGGGCCUGCUUAAUUUCAAUGGGUUAUGAUUUGGGUGAAGCCGAGUUUGCCCGAAUCAUGUCCUUAGUUGAUCCUAAUGGUCAGGGAACGGUUUCCUUUCAAUCAUUUAUUGAUUUCAUGACCAGAGAGACUGCGGAUACUGACACUGCUGAACAAGUUAUUGCUUCUUUCAGAAUCCUAGCCACAGAUAAGCCAUAUAUUCUUGCUGAAGAGUUGAAUCGAGAACUGCCACCUGAACAAGCUCAGUACUGCAUCAAGCGUAUGCCAGCGUACAAGGGACCAGGAGCUGUUCCUGGAGCUCUAGACUAUACCUCAUUUUCAUCAGCAUUGUAUGGGGAAAGCGAUCUGUAACUGGGGACUGACUCUGUGGGCAAGUGAAACUAGAUAUAUUCCAGUUUGCUCCUUGAAAAAAAAAGUAAGCUGACCUCACUACAAUUUCUCAAGUUUAGCAGGAACAUUCAGUAAGGAGCAAUGCCCACGUAGUGUGCAGCAUGAUGAGUUUUUACGUUGUUUAUAUGUACUUGAUCAAGCUUAUACAGUGACAGACUGCACUGGCCCCCUGCCUUAUCAGAUUGUUUUUGUUCUUUUUAAAUUAAAAAUGGAUAAUCCCAAAGUGCCAAAUUAGAAAGCCUCAGGAAAAACAAAAGAAAAUAUGCCUUUGGAAAACCCCCCCCCACAAAUCUAGCAUAUCUUUGAUUUUCAAAACAUGAAAUGUUUUCAAGAAUUCUGAACAUUUUAUGCAAGUCUUCCACAACCUCUCUCUGUGCACCUCCUUUUUGCUUUCAUAUCAUGGUAAUGCUUUCAUCUACAGAUACUGGGAUUUAGUUUGCUUGUGCAAAUGGAACCAUAUACAACAGAAAAUAAAAACCCAGGUCAUACCAAAUAAUCACGAGAGAUUGUUUUGUUGUUUCUAAUGUGAAACGUGCACAGGAAUUCUAGUCUGAGUUUCUAGUGGUAUAAAAUCACAAAUCCUCUGGAGUUUAUUCAAAGAGGUUGAUGAUAAGGGCAUCAUUUUAAUGGUGAUAAUAGCAUUCAGCUUAAAAUCAAUGCCCAGUUUGAAAGGGUACAGUGUUAGUAGCUUGGAUAUUAUGAGGGAGUUCCAUAUUUUAGGAUGGUUGUUAAUAGAUUGUGUCUGCUCUCUGCUAUAUUCAUUGUUCUGUUGCAAUUGUUCUUGGUUAAUGCUAACAAUAUUGACAUUUUAUUACAACUAGUCUAAAUUACUUUGUGCAGUAGCUUCCUGCCAUUUAUAUUCUUCUCAACAAUUUGUAGAAAACCUACUCUAUCUGAAGCCUAACAGUCCCAUGAAAUAAAUGCAGAAAAAUAAAUGUCAUACAAGAAACAAAGAAAACUGUACCAUCUGCUACUAUUAAAACGUGCCUUUAAAAUAAAGUCUGCUUUUCAAGCCUUAAUACUGA